AUGAAGCGCAUAGCUGAUCAAUAUGCAGUACGGCAUCGCAGAGAAAUUUUCGAUUCAAAGUCGUACGAAUCGAGUUUGACAUGGGCGCAUUCGGAGCGACUCGACGAGAACGGAGACGUGGUACUACGAUGGGUGAACUCGGACCCUAGCAUUACGUUUAGAUUGGAAGCGAGAACCCGUGGUUACGUUGGUUUAGGCUUUAAUUCUGCACGAAAUAUGAGAGGGGCUGAUUUAGUGGUCGCUUGGGUGGAUGACAGGAAUGGCAACGCUCAAGUUUUGGACUGUCACGGACCGGACUUCGAAGACCGUGCGGUUGCGGAUGAUGUGCAAAACUACGAGCUGAUAUCGGGCUAUCAGAACGACACGCACACUACCGUGGAAUUCAGACGUCAGUUAGACACGUGCGAUCGACAGGACUUCGUUAUUGGCGAAGAUACAACUCAAGUUUUAUGGUCACUUGGCCCCAAUGGUUCGGACGGGGAGCUGCCAAAACACGUUAAAAGUGGAUCGAGACCUUUACGACUCCUUCAACCACUGUCGAAACCUGACGACGCGUCUCUGAUGCAGUGGGACGUUAGACUUAAUGGCUUAAAUAUACCACACGUUAUGGCGACGCUGUUUUGGUGUAAAAUCUUCAAAGCACCCGAUCUACCAAAGAAGCACCACAUGGUCGGUUACGAACCUAUUAUAGACAGCCGGCCGAUUAAGAACGGUAGGCCGGUCCUCGAGAAGAACAGCCUCUCGCCCGUACAUCAUAUGGUGCUGUACGAAUGUGCUGAUGAUCCGGACGAUUACGCGUGGAACGAAUGGGCGAAAGGUGACGGAUUCUAUGGACCCAACAGACCUCCAGAGUGGACAAUUUGUGUGACACCCGUCGCGGCUUGGGCAAUGGGAUCUAAAGGUGAAUUCCUUCCCGAAAACGUCGGCAUACCUAUAGGUAAGAGAGGUGGCGCGACCUUCUACAUGUUGGAAGUUCAUUAUGAUAAUCAAGCGCUGCACGAAGUUCUAGACAGCUCUGGAAUAAGGAUCCACUACACGCCUCAACUGCGAGCGCAUGACGCAGCACUUCUGGGCGCCGGUAUCGGGAUAUCAGCGCUGCACGUGAUACCGCCCAAGCAGCGUCACUACCGGACCGUCGGUAUAUGCGGCUCCGAGUGCACCAACACGAUGAUACCAGAUGAAGGAAUAACUAUUGUGUCUGUGUUACUUCACGCUCAUGGUACUGCCAAGAAGAUUUCUUUGAAGCAUGUUAGAGGCAGUGAGGAAUUACCUCGGGUAUCAGAGGAAAAUUCUUACGAUGUUCGCUAUCAGCAGUCCCGCAUUGUUCCUGGUGGAAGAAAAUUCUACAAAGGAGACACUUUAAUUACAGAGUGUACCUAUGACAGUACUUCUAGAGAUAAGUCAAUACUGGGAGGCUAUUCAGCAAUGCAGGAGAUGUGCCUGUCCUUCGUACUCUAUUAUCCGCGAACACAACUUGCUGGCUGUUAUUCUAUGACUCCAGCGAAAGAAUUUUUCGAGACGUUCGGCGUCAAAGAGUUCUAUGGAGUAAACAUGACGCAGGUUGAAAAUACCUUCCUGUCCUCCUCAUACGUCGAAUAUCCGAACCUACCCAAAGAUAAUCAACGAAAGGAAUCAGAAGAAACAGGCAUGCAGGGAGACGACCAGGGUGUUGGGUUUAUGAAGGAGCUGGUCAUAAAAGAACCACCCGAGUUCCGCAAUAAGACUUUCUUGGCGCAUUUAAACGAGAUGCCAUGGUCGGAACCGCUGUUAACCGAACAAAUUGAAAAAACUCUUUACAGAGGGAUGCAUAUGACUUUUUGCAAAAAGAACGACGAUUCUUGGGGAGCGCCUGUCCAAAUCCAGAACUAUCCGAACUUCACGGAGCUAACGAAUAACGAUACAGCCGAAAGGUCGUGCCAUUACAAGAGCGUGAGGUUACCUUCUGUCACGAAAACAAACUCAGCAACGAAGAUUUCAUUGACGUGGUCCGUCAUAUUUGUUGCGUCAAUGCAACUGCUCAUAAUUGCACGGUAA